UCGGACCUUCCGGUUGAAAAUGGCCCUCUUCUCCUUCUUCCUCUCCUUCUUCUCCUCCGGCUCCGCUUCUCUCUCCCCGGGGCGCUGCUCAGCUGGCUGCCGGUCUCACUAACGCGGACCCCGGGCGUGGGGAGCGAUGCGAGCCGGAGCUCCGGGCUCCGCGCCGCGGUAGGAGGCCCCGUGUCCGGCCGAAGCUGAUGGGAACCGCGGCGGCCGAAAGGCGGAAGACUGCGCAGCAACAGCCCGGAGAGGAGGCGCCGCGCGGCCGUUAGCCCGGUCCCCGGAGCGGCGGGACCCGGCGGAGCAGACUUUCAGACUGGUGCCGUGUCUCCAUGGAUCCCCGGAGAACCUGAGCGCCGCAGAACCCCCGACUGACCACACCCCCCACAUGGCGAGCCGGAGGAAGUCCACCACGCCCUGCAUGGUCCCGGCACGGGACGGGCCCGAGCCGGAGGACGGCGCGGCGGCGGCGGCGGAGGAGGAGCCGGAGGAGGCGGCAGCGGCGGCGGCGGCGGGGGACCCCGGCGCGGCGGAGGGCGGGUACGAGUGUAAAUACUGCAGCUUCCAGACGUCGGAGCUGAACCUGUUCACCAUGCACGUGGACGCCGAGCAUCCCGACGUCGUCCUCAACGCCUCCUACGUCUGCGUGGAGUGUGACUACCACACCAAGAGCUACGACGCGCUGCUGGCCCACAAUGCCCGGCUGCACCCCGGCGAGGACGGCUUCACCAGAACGCUGCUGCGGCGGAACGGCGAGGCGGUUCUCCAGCAGACCGUCAGCGACCUGACCUUCGACGGCGGCUUCGUCAAGACGGAGGCGGAGGAGGCGGAGGAGGCGGCGGCGGCGGAGGAGGAGGACGACGACUCGGCCCAGACCGCCAUCGCGCUCAGCAAGACGCCCAUCAUGAGGAUCCGCGGCCGGCCGGAACCCAAGAGGUUCUGCUCGCUGAAGGCGGGCGGCGCCGACGACGUCAUCAAGCUGGAGAGCGACGAGGACGAGGAGAACGAGGAGAACCGGGAGCCGCCGGCCGCCGCCGCCGCCGCCCCCCGGCUCCUCCCCCUCUCCGCGCCCCUGCACCUCCAGGCCGUCCCGCAGAACCUGCUGCUGGGCGGCUCCAGCGUGCUGCAGGUGAAGGGCGGCGGCGGCGGCGCCGGCGGCGUUCUGCCGCCCGGAACCCUGGCCCAGGUCCUGACGGCGCUGCAGAACCAGCAGAACCAGCAGAACCAGAGCAGCCAGACGCAGCUGCUCAUCCCGGUCAGCAGCAUCCCGUCCUACAACAGCGCCAUGGACAACAACCUGCUGCUGCUCAGCGCCUACAGCAGGUUCCCCUACCCGUCGCUCUCGGAGAUCCUGGGUUUGUCGUCUCAGACGAAGUUCAGUGAAGAACAAAUCAAAGUUUGGUUUUCAGCUCAGAGGCUGAAACACGGAGUGAGCUGGACUCCAGAGGAGGUGGAGGAGGCUCGCAGGAAGAAGUUCAACGGCACGGUGCAGACCGUCCCGCCCACCAUCACCGUCAUCCCCGCCAACAUGGCCGCCGCCGCCGCCAACGGGCUGCAGUCCAUCUUCCAGACGUGUCAGAUCGUGGGCCAGCCGGGCCUGGUCCUCACGCAGGUGGCCGGGGGCGGGGCCGCCGUGCCCGUGGCCCCGCCCAUCACGCUGACGGUCGCCGGCGUCUCCGGCGCCCGGCCCAAAGCCGCCGAGCCGUCGGUCUCCGAGUCCAGGGCCGAGCCGUGCACGGCCGCCGCGCCGCCUGACGCCGCCGCCGGCGGAAAACCCAAGAAGUCCAAAGAGCAGCUGGCGGAGCUGAAGGCGAGCUACGGCCGGCGGCAGUUCGCCAGCGAGGCGGAGAUCUCGCGCCUCAUGCAGGUCACCAAGCUGUCCAAACGCGCCAUCAAGAAGUGGUUCAGCGACACGCGCUACAACCAGCGGAACUCCCGGGACCACGGCCUGCUGGGCGAGGCGCCCGGCAGGGCGGCGUCUGGCCGCGCGCCACGGAGCGCUGGCGCCGGCCCCAAUGACGGCGCCGCUGCCGCCGGUGCCAUCGUCAUCGACUCCAGCGACGACGCCGGCGAAUCGUCAUCGCCGACGUCCGGCGGCGCCCCGGGCUCGUCCGUCUCCGCCCCCGAGCGCCGCGUCAAGCUGCGCCACGCCUUCCCCGACUUCACGCCACAGAGGUUCAAGGAGAAGACGGCGGAGCAGCUGCUGCUGCUGGAGGCCAGCUUCCUGCAGGCCGACACGCCGUCCGACGAGGAGCUGAGCCGCCUGCGGGCGCAGACCAAGCUGACGCGGCGCGAGGUGGACGCCUGGUUCACCGAGAGGAGGAAGGCGCCUGCGGCGAGCGGCGAGGCCGACGGCGACGGGCCGCCGGCCGAGCGGCGGAGUGGCGGCGGCGGCCGGCGGGCGGUGAAGAGGACGCCCGAACAGCUCAACAUCCUGAGGACCGCCUUCAUCCGCACGCAGUGGCCCACCGCCGCCGAGUACGACGCCAUGGCGGAGCAGAGCGGCCUGCCGCGCCACGACAUCGUCAGCUGGUUCGGAGACACCCGCUACGCCUGGAAGAACAACAGCCUCAAGUGGUACUACCUGUACCAGAUCGGAAAGGUGGACGAGGCGCUGAACGGAGGAUCCAGGACCCAGAAGAAGUCCAGGAAGCGUUUCCGUGGCUGGUCCAGGAGGAGCCGCCGGCCGUAUCCCUGCAAACGCUCUCCAGCAGGGGGCGCCGCUACCAUCAAGGUCAAACCGGGGAAGUCCUUCCUGAAGGACUACUACCUCAAACACGGCUUCCUGAGCGAGAGCGACCUGGACGAACUGGUCACCAAGUCCAGCAUGAGCUACCAGCAGGUCCGGGACUGGUUCUCCGAGACGGCCAGGAGGGCCCAGGACGGCAGGAAGCUGUUCAGCGAGGACGAGGAGGACGGGGACAAGGAGGACGUCAUGGAUCAGGAGGAGGCUGAAGGUCAGCGGGCCGACGGCGACGGCGUGAUGGAGGUCAAAGAGCAAGGAGACGAGGAGGAGGAGGUCCAGGAGGACGAGGAGGUCCAAGAGGAGGUCCAGGAGGAGGUCCGGGAGGACGAGGAGGUCCAGGAGGAGGUCCGGGAGGACGAGGAGGUCCAGGAGCAUUCUGAAGGCGUCGGCCAAUCACAGUCCGAGGAGCAGACAUGAGCAUAGAGGUCAGACGUCGACCAGGAAGCGUCUGUGUUUCUCAGCGGGCGGUUCGGGACCGAGAGACGGCCGCAGGACGGGUUCAUGCUAACAGACAUUCAUGCUAACAGUCAGAGCCGCUGACUUCACUCUCCAAGGCUUUUAUUUUGGCGAGAAUGACUGAACUCUUACUUUGAUCUUUUGGGUCUUUUUCUAAAAAAAAUGGAAAAAAAAAACCAAGAAAAAAAUGUUUGUAUAAAAAAUAAAAUCCACAACAUUUCUACCAGAGGUUUUUCAAAAGAAAAUCAGAAGCAUCUGAAGUCUCCGAACAUUCAGGAGAAAAGUUUUUUGUUUUUUCUGUGAAUUUCCGGAUCAGUGCCAUCCUCUUUUAUUCUGAAGGUUUUGUCUUCGUUCCAGGUGACUUCCUGUUGAACCUGUGAUGCUCUUAUUUUGCGUUCCGUCGAGGUUCUUUCAGUUCCACGCUAACGGAACCCUCAGAGGAAAUCCACCUCUGGAACCCGAGGAGUCUGGGUCUGACAGCACUUCAAAAUAAAAGACAGAGGAACAGUCCUAUCAGACCGAACGGGAGCCAGAUCCGGUUCUGUCCUGCAGGGUGAACGGCAUUCUGGGAAACGUAGCACCAAAGAGGAAGAGCAGCUCCGUGCGUGGAACGUGGAUGGAGGGAUUGGAACCGGAACACGUUCGGGCGAUUCAGGAACAGAACCCUUUACCUCGAGGCGGUUCUCCAUACGGGUCGAGCGGUCCGCCGGGACCUCCGGGUUCCGCUCCGUUCCUGCAGGAACUUUUUAACCUUUGGUAUCAGAAGCAGCAGCCGUUCUCUGCCGCAUGCCGGAACGUUCCGCUGGCUUUAUUUAUUUAUUCUCCCCGGAACCCGCUUCUCUUUAUGACUGCAAGAAAAAAUAAAAGCGAGACGGUGAACGGC